AUGUCAUCACCUGGGUUUAAGAAGAAGAACAGUCUAAUGGGAAUUUUUAGUAACUUCUUAAGAAGCUUUUCCUUAUCACUUGCUAAAUGUACACCAAAUGAUGUAAGACGAUUUUUGGUUUGGAAAGAUUCGAAAGGGAAAACAAUUGUACAUGAAUUAAGUUGCCCAUUUUUAGGCACUAAAACUAAUGUUGAAUGUAAUUGCCCAAAGCGCUUAGCCUCUGGAACAAUAGAGUGCAUGAUUCAGCAGCUGAUUCAAAUAUUUGAUGAGCAGGGUUUUGGAAGAUAUUGGGAUGUGAUUUCGGGGACUGGGAAUCCUGCUGCAUCUCCUUUAGUUAAGGAAUAUUUAAAGUUAAUUAGAGAAGAACAGGCUAAGGCACAUGUACUUCCAAAACAAGCAAAACCAAUAUUUUUGUCAAAGGUUAGGGCAAUUCAUUGUUUGUUUAGGGAUCAGGCUUGGUGAAAACUUCAGUUUUUUACUGGUGAUAGAGCUAGUGAUCUUUUCUUGGUUGUUGCACAGGAGGUUAAGUGUCUAACUGAUGGGUCAGGGUUAGUGUUCAAACAUACAUUUGGUAAGACUCUAAGAGGUGAUAAAAGUAAAAGCAAUUCAUUUGUCAUUAAAAAAUGUACUGAUCUUGUAGUUUGUCCAGUGAAGGGUUUACUAGAUUUUGUUAGGUUUGCAAAGUUGCAUAAUGUUGAUUUAUCCAAGGGAUACUUGUUCAGAACAGUUGCAGAGUGUGGCAGAGUUUUGGAUAAGAAUGUCAGUUACUCAGUGGUGUAUGAGAGGUUGAGAUAUUAUUUGUCAACAUUAGGAAUUUAUGAAGGGGAAACGCCUCAUAGUUUUCGAUCAGGGUGUGCUAUUACCAUGGCAUUGUCAGGGUCAGUAGAGAAUGUAGAUCAAGUUAUGAAUCACGUGGGAUGGUUUGGAAAGUCAAGCGCAGAGUAUUAUUGUAGAAUGUCAACACUUGUAGAUUCUGGAGUGGUUGCAUCAAAGUUGGCAAAAUCUGUGUAUCAGGCAGAUAUGGUUGAGAGAGAGUAUAAAGAUAAGGCAGACUAUUCCGGUUUAAAAAAUGCAUUCUACUGA